GGGCUUUAGGACCCGCAGCAGAGCAGCUGCGAGAGAGGCUGUAAAUAGAUCAGAGGUGUUCGGAUCAGACUCAGACCAGGACCAGUACCGGGAGCAGGACCAGCACCAGACCUGAGGAGACCGGAGCAGACCCGACCUCUCCAGUCCCCCGUCAGCACGAGGAGACCGGAAACACCUGAACACCACCUAAGAGAGAGAGAGAGAACUGCACGAGAGUCACGCCGUCCUUGUGGAAAGGUUGUCCUUGAACAUCAUUGCCCGAGUAAGGAAGCCUGUGAGGGUCAGAUCAGCAGGAUGCUGCAGCUCUGCAAAGUCACCAAGUGUCUGUUCAUCAGCAACGCCCGCUCGGCCUGCAGCGACGACCUCCUCCAGCAGGAGGCGGUGACGCUCUGCAUCAACGUGUCCAAGCAGCAGCCGUUCCCCUCCGCCGACGUCAAGAAGCUGCAGAUCCACGUCUACGACGACCCCAACGAGGACCUGUACGCACACUUCGACCGCUGCGCCGACGCCAUCCACAAGGAGGGGAACCGUGGAGGACGCAGCGUCGUGUACUGCAAGAACGGACGCAGCCGCUCGGCCACCGUCUGCAUCGCGUACCUGAUGAAACACCGGAAACUGACGCUGACGGAGGCGUUACAGAAGGUGAAGACGGCUCGUCACGUCAUCGACCCGAACCCCGGCUUCAUGUCGCAGCUGCAGCGAUACGAGCAGGAGCUGAAGAAGAAACGGGGGGACGCAAAGUGACGGACAGCCGAGUGAUGAUGUCAUCGUCUUAAACCUCGCUCCAGGUGAACGACGUCGUCUCCCUCCUCUCUUCGCUCUCUCUCAGUUCUGAACUCUUCUCACUGUGAUACAGAUUUAAAAACAUGUCAGGGCUUUAGACGUGGCAGCUUCCUUCACAUAUCACGGUCAGGUGUUUGAAACGCAGGUUAAUAAAGUCCUGCUGCUGCUGCUGCAGGCCACACGAGCUUCACAAUCACAAGCAAUACAAAUCUGAGCAAAUAGGAAAUGUCAGAAGACGAUUUUAAAGAUGAAAUAGAUGAAAUGUAACAUCAGCUUAUUCACGUAUGACCUUAAAACUAAAGAGACAAAUACAAGCGGACUAAAAAGCAGCUAUAAGAGCACAAUGUUACCUUUAAAUGUUCUGAAUACUUACAAAUACGCACUUUAUGCUAAUGUAGCUACAUAAUCAUAGGGAUCACUGUGCAGUACUUUCUUUAUGUAGUGAGGUGCUAAACUAAGGCUGUCA